AUGUCGGACGCCGAGGCUCCAAUUGAGGAGAAGACUGUAUCUGAGGAGGAGAAAGGAUCUGUUGAUGAUGCAGCAGCAGCAGGAGCAGCAGCAGCAGGAGCAGCAGCAGAGGAAGCAGCAGAAAUAGUAGCAUCUGAAUUAGAAGCAGCAGAAGAAGCAGCAGCAGAGGAGGAAGAAGAAGCAGCAGCAGAAGAAAUAGAUGAAUCAGCAGAAUCAGCAGCAGAUGCAGCAGCUGAAUCAAUAACAGAAGCAGCAGCAGAAGAAUUAGUAGAUGAAUUAGCAGCAGAAGAAGAAGAAGAAGAAGGAGAAGAAGAAGCAGCAGCAGCAGCAGCAGCAGCAGCAGCAGCAGCAGAGGACGAAUCCUUAGGUUCCCCACCAGUCCCAUACAUUGGGCGUCCUAGUAUAAGUGGUUCAUCAAUAGGAUUAGUAGGGUCACCAAUAGGGUCAAUAAGUGGUGGUAUAGUAGGUGGUGGCCCUGCUAUAGGUGUUGGGGGCCCCCCCCUAGUUGGUGGUGUGGGGCCCCUAGGGGGCCCCCCUAUACCAAAUGACUUGAAGGAUAUAGAGUUAUUUAAUAAAUGGAAAUCUGAAGGAAUUCUUAGGACUGUAGAAAACCCUAAUAGCGAAACAGGGGAACCAGAGGUGGAGGUACCUCAAGUAUUAGUAGAUGGGGUUGUGUUAGGUGGGGAACAAGAGUUGCAAGAAUUAGAGGAAGAUGGAGACUUAGGUAAACCCUAA